AUGGAGGAGGUGAUGGAGGAGGUGAUGGAGGAGGUGAUGGAGGAGGUGAUGGAGGAGGUGAUGGAGGAGGUGAUGGAGGAGGUGAUGCAGGAGGUGAUGGAGGAGGUGAUGGAGGAGGGGAACAAUUCAGAAGAGAGGGGUUGUGAAAAAAUGUCCCUGCCUCAGCAGGCGAGGCGGCGUGGGCACUGGGUCGUCCCACUCAGGGAACCAGGUCUCAAGAGGCCUCGGGACUCGUGCCUCCAGGCAGUGGGGGCAGUGACAAGACUAGAGGAGAACUGCUGCUUCACAGCCCCUCACAGAGACCGCUUCACAGCCCCUCACAGAGACCGCUUCACGGCCCCUCACAGAGACUGCUUCACAGACCCUCACAGAGACCGCUUCACAGACCCUCACAGAGACUGCUUCACAGACCCUCACAGAGACCGCUUCACAGACCCUCACAGAGACUGCUUCACAGACCCUCACAGAGACUGCUUCACAGACCCUCACAGAGACUGCUUCACAGACCCUCACAGAGACUGCUUCACAGCCCCUCACAGAGACUGCUUCACAGCCCCUCACAGAGACUGCUUCACAGCUCGGAGGGAAAGGAGGAAUUGGGCUGGGAGGCACCAGAAAGUUUGUAUUAGCUGUUUUUAG